AAAAAUAUUUCACUCUUAAAGAAAAAAAAACCUAAAAUAAUCCAAGCUUCAUUAUCGAGAUGUCUUAUAAAAAAUCUGUUCGUGCAUCAAUACAGGAUGGUAACAAUCAUGCAUUUUGCCACGAAGCUUCAGCUGGAGUAAAGAGUGAUUCGUUUGGCGCAUCCGCAGAAGCAAAGUAUAAUAGUUCACUAUACAGAUACUGUGAUGAUGUUGGAGAUCUUAAACUUUUAAAUGCAGGAGUUGGAGCAAAAGCUGCAGCAAAUACUAUUGAUGGCCUCAAAGCUAAAGUUGAAGCACGUUGUGAUUUGGUAGAUCUUGAAGUAGGAGGCUUUAAAUCAAAAUUUGGUAUCAGUGCUGAUACUGGUGGGUCAAUUGGCUCAAAUGGCGUAGAGGCUAAGGUUGCAGGUAUUGGUUUUAAAUUUGGUAAAGAAAUGGGUAUUAGUCUUCCUUUUGGAGAAAUUUCAUUUGAUUUGGGAAAAUUGUUUUAAUAGUUUUACUUAUUUUAAAAUUUACUUUAACUUGUCAUAUUUUACCUGUAAUAUUUUGAUAUUAAUAAUUUUAUGGCGCAGUUUUCAUUAAUGACAUGAUAAUCUUGUUUAUUCCCAAGACGUGAUAUAAUAUAAAUUGAAUAUUAUGCUUUUAAUUCACUGAUUGA